UGAAACCCGGUUAAAAACAGUGUGCUGGAGGUUUGUAGUUGUAUGUAAAGGAGCGAGGGGGAAGGUGACAUGGCUGCACUUUUUAAAGCAAGAAAAGCUCUCCGUUUGUGCAUCGGAGGCUGUCGGAGCCUCACCCAGCUGGCCGAGCUGCCGGACACCCACCAGCUCUUGAGACAGACGUGCAGAGACUACGCAGACCGCGAGCUGACGCCCAUCGCUGGCAAGCUGGACAAAGAUCAUGUCUUCCCUGCCAAGCAGAUCCAGGAGCUGGGCCAGAUGGGCGUCAUGGCCAUGGAGGUCCCGGAGGAGCUGGGCGGAGCCGGGAUGGACUACCUGGCCUACAGCCUGGCCAUGGAGGAGAUCAGCCGGGGCUGCGCCAGCACCGGGGUGGUGGUGUCCGUCAACAACUCUCUGUACAUCGGGCCGAUUCUGAAGUUUGGAUCGGAGCAGCAGAAGAAGGACUGGAUCACGCCGUUCACCACCGGAGAGAAGGUGGGCUGCUUCGCCCUCAGCGAGCCAGGUAACGGCAGCGACGCCGGCGCCGCCUCCACGACGGCCCGUCAGGACGGAGACGAGUGGGUGCUGAACGGGACCAAAGCCUGGAUCACCAACAGCUGGGACGCCGCGGCCACCGUGGUGUUCGCCACCACCGACAAGAAGCUGAAGCACAAGGGCAUCAGCGCCUUCCUCAUCCCCAUGCCGCACCCGGGCCUCUCUCUGGGCAAGAGGGAGGACAAGCUGGGCAUCAGAGCCUCGUCCACCGCCAACAUCAUCCUGGAGGACUGCAGGGUGCCGCUGGACAACAUGCUGGGGCCCCGAGGGGCCGGGUUCAAGAUCGCCAUGCAAACCCUGGACAGCGGGAGGAUCGGCAUCGCGGCGCAGGCUCUCGGCAUCGCCCAGGCCUCCCUGGACUGCGCCGCCGACUACGCUCAGAAGCGGAACGCGUUCGGGGCGCCCAUCGGGAAGCUGCAGGCCGUGCAGUUCAAGCUGGCCGACAUGGCGCUGGCGGUGGAGAGCGCCCGCCUGCUCACCUGGAAGGCCGCCAUCCUGCGAGACUCGCACAAACCCUUCAUCAAGGAGGCGGCGAUGGCCAAGCUGGCGGCGUCCGAGGCGGCGACCUUCUGCGCCCAUCAGGCCAUCCAGAUCCUGGGCGGGAUGGGCUACGUGACCGACAUGCCGGCCGAGCGGCACUACCGCGACGCCAGGAUCACCGAGAUCUACGAGGGAACCAGCGAGAUCCAGCGGCUGGUCAUCGCCGGGCAGGUCCUCAAGGAGUACCAGCUAUAGGCGCCGAGCGGCGGAGCCACGGACUCACGCCUCCGGCAGCGGGACGGAACGUUCCGGUCGGGUCCUGAGACGGGUCUGGACGGACCGCGCCGCUGUCUGUGUGUCGCUUCACCUCAGUUUAACAGAAACCAGGAAUCUCCGUGAGAACAUCCGAUUAACUCGAGAUCCAGAAACUCCAGGACGGCUGACCUUCACUCCUCUCUUCUCCUCUUCAGGGUUCGAUUCCUAAAUUCUGCCUCCAAUCAGAGAUUUAAAAAAAGCAAACGAAGCUUCGUUUUCUUCAGUCCCAUACAGGCGGACUAAUAAGCUUCUUCUGUUUAGUUUCACACGGAAUUAAAAUGACUUUUAUUUUUAUAGAUUUACUUUUCUAAAAUUACAGAGAGUAGGAUGUGUUUAAAGCUGAUCUGCAGAAAUGAGAAUAAAACGUGUAUAUAGAUGAAAAGAUGGAAUACUAAUGAAACGGACCAGGAGAGACGAGUCGAUACGAAUCAAACAGUUUAAACGAUUCAAAAGCUGCAGAAAUUCAUAAAUAACAGUUGUAAUGAGCUGAGAUAGAAAAGGGACGUUUUCCAGUUUUAUUCUUCUGAUUCAUCAAAAAAACAGUCAAACUGCUUCUUUUGACAUUUAAGGUUUUUCCUGCUCAUUUAUAACUUGGUUGGUUCCACCUGAUUCUGGGGGUUUUCCUCGUGUGGCUGACAGAAUGUGGGUCUUCUUUCAUGCAUGAACUCAGGAGUUUAUCAUCUUCUUUUGUCAAACAUAGGAAGGCUUCUCUCAGUUGGACUGUGCUGACCUCUAGUGGCCACUGCAGGACCUGCAUAGCUCUAUUUAAAGACGCCUCAGACCCAAAUAUUCCACAUUUCUCAUUUUCCAGCCUUGAGAUUUGCUUGAACUUCAGUGAAUAUGAUAACUAAAUUAUGUGAACUCGACCCUUUGAUGUGUGAACCAGCAGAGGGCGACGGAGAGCCUCCAGGCCUCCUGACCCAUUUCUGAGUCUGUCUGACUCUUCAGUCCCAGUUUCCCUCUCGGAAUCAGCGUUCUGCGGCGUCCUGGAGGAGGAGGAUUCCUGAGGCCUCAGACCUGCGGUGCCUCAGCAGCUUGUACAUAUCUGAAUGUAAUUUAUUGUGUGCAGAUGACGCUAUUAAAACACAAUUAUGGGAUUUUGUAGUUGAUAAAAGGAUUUAUGGAUUCACUUUUCAACUCUGUGAAUGGAUUAUGAGCAACUGUAACGGACGAUUAAAUCUGUUUAAGA